UGUGGAUCUUCGAGAGUAAGUUGUACUUGAAAUUGAAUUGUUAAGGUUAACUCCUCCUAACGGUAAUUCUGCAGUUGGCACAGUAGAUUGGAUGAUAAGAAAAAGUUUUUUUCCGAGUUACUUCUGGGUGCUAACCAGCUCUGAAUGCUGCAGAUGUCCAAAGCAAAGGCUGCAGCCCCUCCUGGGUGUACACUGAACAUCAACGAUCCUCAGGUCCAGGAGGCUGCUAUCCGAAUCCAGGCCUCAUAUCGCGGACACAGGUCACGUAAAGAGCUGCGAGAGAAAGGCCCUCCUAAAAUCCUGCAGGAGCUCAAAGAUGUGGUUCUUGUUGAGGGAAGUGCUGCAAAGCUGGAGUGCAGAGUUAGUGCUUUCCCAGAUCCUUUCAUCAUCUGGUACAAGGAUGGCAAAGAGCUGAAGGAUGGUCCCAAGUACCGCUACGUGUUUGAAGACCCAGAUUUUGUGGCGCUCGUGGUUAGAGAUGGAGUUCUGGCUGAUCUGGGAAAAUACACUGUUACCAUUAGGAAUCCAUUUGGACAGACAUCGGGAUCUGCUUGUAUUCUUGUGGAGGUCCCUGCUAAGGUUUCUAAAGGGCCAGACAACAUCAAGGCCAAGAGAGGGACAACGGUUGUGCUCAAAGCUGAAAUAAGUGGAGAACCUCCUCCAGAUGUUGCCUGGCUCAAAGAUGGAGAUGACAUUGACGAAGAUGACAGGGUAUUCUUUGACGUUGGAGACACCAACACAAUCUUGACCAUCAAAAAUGCAAAGCUAUCUGAUGCUGGCAAGUAUGAGGUGUUUGUGGAGAACAAUCUAGGCACAGACCAGUCCGUUGCUUGGGUGGACAUCCUCUAAUGCUGCCUGAUAACUACACCAGUUGUAACAGGAUGAAUCUAUGUUCUCUUCAGUGCAAUCCACUGAACAAUAUACUAUAUUACCGCACUGUUCAAAGCUGUACAUAACUUCAACCAUGCUAAUAAUAAAAAGUAAA